GGCGAGGUGGUCAGGUCCUGCUCCGCCGGGUCAUUCCACAUUCCCGAGGAUGAUUGCGUCGCGCGGCAGAUGCACGCGGGCGACAGUAUCACCGAGGCCAGGGAAGUGCCCCUGGACGGCUCUCAGCAUAAGGAGGACGGGGGUCGGGUGAGCCCCAGGGGGCGGGCGCUCGCGGCGCUGCAUUCUGAGGGCCUGCUGGGUGAGCGAGCUGUCAUCCACGGGGUCCUUCUGUUUGUCCUGCCUCGAGAUAUUGGCAGGGCUGAGCUUCGUGCACAUGUCAAGCUGCCGCAAGUUAGUGUACCGCCUGUGGUGGCGGUGCCCGAUGAUAAGUUCGUUGGCGAUGGCGUGAGUGACCAAG